AUGAAAACACAUUUUGAAACGACUCAUUGUACGGUGAUUCCCAAAACGAACAAUCGUGAAUUGUUGUGCAAGCUUUGCAGAGAAGUCGUGCUGAAGUCACAUCUUGCUGAGCAUGUGAUUGAAAAGCACUUGGUAACUGGUUUCAAAUCACGCGAUCCAAAAUGGCAAGGAAAGCUUAUAGUGAAAACGGGUGCAGUGACGCGGCGUUUUCUUGGUUUCGAUCGAAUUUAUCACGUUGGCGACGACUCUGACAUGGAUUGA